AAUCUGGGCGAGGAAGCAGCUGCACCGGUGGUGUGUGUCCGUGUCGUGUUUUCAGCUGUUGCUUAUGUGUGUGUGUGUUUCACCGAUGGAGUCGAACAGUGCGGGGUACGGAGCGGGAUUCGAUCUCAUCAAAUUCAUCAAACAGCCUCAAACGAUCAUACGAUUCCUCAGCUGGGUGAGUGACAGGUGUCACGUUCAGCUCAUCAUGAUCAAUAAUCGACUGAUCACUGGUGCCUGGACGUUCCUGUGGUUUGUGUGUUUCUGUCUCAUGGUGGAUCAGUGGUCAAAGACCCAAGACCCCAGCGGCAUCCCUACAGACGCCGUACACGCCGCCAUCGCCUUCUCAUUCUUCUCCAUCGGGUCGUGGGGAGCGUUAAGUUACUUCGCUCUGGUGAGGUUUCGUCAGGGUGUUGCAGAUGUGUCCCAGAACUACGCCGAUCUGCCGGCGGACCCCACGUCACCGUAUCCCACCACCUACACGCCGCUAACGUAUCCGUCCUUCCAGAACACCGGUCCAGACGUCUACCAGCAGCCGUCCUGAAACGGAAACGGAAACACGACACCCAGGUCAUGUGAUGCCACGGGAUGUGGGAGGAGCCUCGGCAGGCAGCCAAUAGGAGACCGUUUGCCAUUUUACACUUGGCCUUAAAUGUGUAAACAUUCAAGUGUUUAUUUACAUGACUGUAGAUGAGUUCAGAUUUGCACCGAUGAGCUGAAAUAAAGCAGUGUUAUUGUGGAGCAGGUCUGUCGCUCACACUGGAAUCGCAGCAGUGUUUGUUAACGUUUUCCCAGCUGAAUGUGACGGAAACAAAGAGCCCAUUGACCCCGUUUACUAAUUGUGUUAGUGAAUGAAGAGCUGGCGUGAUUCACCGUAGAAAUGUGGUGCAAUUACCAGAUUACAUGCUUAAACAUCCAGUCAAGCUGCAAUGGAGGUUUUGGGUUGUAAAUGAAGCAUCUGUGAUGCUUUUAUUUGCUUCCAGAUCUGAUUUAAUGUAAAAAAACUGAGUCUUACAUGGCUAAAUCUGGUUUCUGGAUAUGAAAACAUUCACUGAUCCACAUAAACACACUGUGAUGCAGAUCUCUGUUUUACCUGCCAUAUAACAUUGAUUUGGUAAAGUUUAUCCAUUGCACACCAACCAUUUCAAAGCUUAUCAUCUGGGAAUAUGUUCAUAUAUAUAUUUAAAAAAUAGUUUUCAAUGUUUGAUUUAUGUGUAUUUUCAGGUUACUGAUUUAAAUCGGUUUCUUGUUUAAACUCAGUUUUCUCUGAAUAACCAGCUUCAAUUCUUUAAGUGCAGCUAAAAGCAA